GCUGUAGAGAUGUUAGAUAGCCUCCCCACCACAGUCCAAGCGGACACUCCCCUGUCCAGUAUCACGGCCCACCUCGUUAUUACCUUGCGAAGUCUGCACUCAUGUACUUCCCGUGACGGCUUCUGUCAGAAACGCGCAGCUCCCUACCGCCUCAUUCUUCAGCCUUGGGCACCGAAUGGAAGCACCGUUUGUUGUGAAAGAACGUAGCUUCAGCAAGAUACAGCAGAGCUACCAUACGGAUUUGGCUAGAAAAGACAGCCUCAUCGUAUGUCAAACUUAAGAUCGCAACUAUGCAAGUAUCGAGUGAGUCACAGAAAGUUGCGGGUCUCGAUGGAGAGCUGUUUGACGAGAUAUCGAAUUCGACAACGGGUGGCCCGGAGAAAGAACUCGAACGCGUUUUCCAUCCUAAUGGGUCAUCCAUCUUCAACCCCCUCAAGAGGCUUACUCAUGCGGAUAUUCAACACAUUGCAGGGCUUCUUCAGGCUGUGAGCCCAGUAUGGGCACAGUGCCCUAGGUUGUACAUCGUCGUAAGAGUCAUCGACCAUCUCGAAAUUUUUGAGGACUUUGUGGCACCCGGCGUGAAUGAUCUCUGGUUUCCGUCCUCUCGGUCGUCCCUCCCAACCAACAUCGAUGCUGCCGUUCGACAGUCAAUAUUGCAGAUACAAUGGAUUGUUAUGACCAAAUCACUCGAGCUGGAAAGAGGCGAAAGCGGUUACCACCAGUACUUUGACCAAGACGAAGUUUACCCUUCGAGGAAAAGGAGCUGCUCGGUACUGGCUCCUACGGACAGGUUCAAAAAAUCCGGAGUACGCAAAGACAUCGUUACUACGCGCGGAAGAGAAUAAAAAGAGGUCGUUUCUUUAGCAAUUUCCAAAGAAAUAUGAUAGACUUCGAAAGAGAGCUCAUCACCUUGAAACGCCUUAGGCAUCAUCAC